AUGAAUCUUAUUUCAGUCCCUUUAUUAGAGUCGAGAGAUCCUAUGUUAUCAACACAUGAGGAGCUUUUGAUCGAAGAUACAACUAAUCACUCGGACUGGGUAAAAAGAUUCAUUGAAAAGCCAAAAUUUACAUAUGAUUUGGUGGAUAUGCCUUAUUUAGGCGAACCAGAAACAUAUCAAUGUAAUAAUGAAUAUAACUUACAUACUGAUGACAAGAAUGCGUAUCUAAAUAACAUCGAUAAAGAUGUCAUUGAUCAAUUCAUUUCAAAAGCGCGCGAACCAUAUUCAAGUGAAAUAUCAUACAGUAUUCUACCAAUAUCAACCAUCUCUUCCUACAGACCCGCUUACAAGAAAAAAAUUUUGAUUCCUCCUACGUAUAACAAACUUUUUUUCGAAUAUUUAUCAGUAGAAAUUGAACCAUUUACUAUUUCUGGCUCAGGAGUACAAUUAGUUGACUAUUCUGGCGUCUUAUUUUUAUACGACACAAAUAUCAAACUUCCUAUUUCAGAAACAGUUUAUUUCAUCUACAACGAUGCAGAGAUUUUCUUCAGUGUAUCCAAAAGUAAGAAAAUCUACUUCAAAUUGCCAAAAAAUAAUUCUCAUAUCGUUUUGGCGACGAUUUUGUUCAAUAACGAUACAGAAAAACUAGAGUCCUAUAAAAAUGGAUUCAUUCCGAAGUCAACUUCCAAUACAAAACUGCCUUCAAAUGUACCUUUUGCCACUUCAUUUAUCCCUAUUACAUAUACAUCAGAACAAACGAUGUUUUUGAAUACUUUUGCGGUUGCAAAUCAAUCCAAUCCGAUGGAAAAGAUCGGACAACCUCCUUCUGUUGAUGAUUCAACAAUUUUACUUGUUGGCAAGGUUUCUAUUGAAAAAUUAGACAUAUUAGAUGUACCAUUGAGUCAAGAUUCAUGGAAGUAUAAUUACGAAUAUCCUUUCUGUGCUUUAAAUUGUCAUUCCCGAGUAUUUGAUAUGAAACCAGUAAUUACUUUAUCAAAUAUAACUUUCGACUUCACAAAUACAACAGAAGGAUUAGUAGUUGGUUUUAGAGUGUUUUUCUGCGAUUCUCAGACAAAUUUGAAUUUUCCUGAUGGAAAUAUCGGUUUUGUUCCAAAAGAAGGUGGCGAACUUAUCAAAUGUUACGAAUCGUUUACAGUUAAACCUGAUAAACACGUUGUUUUCCCAGAUGUUGUUAGAUAUUAUCCUCAAAACAAAAUUACACCAGAAAGCCACUUCAUUAUACAGUUUUUAAUCUACAAAUCUCAAAAAGUAUCAGUUUACAAAUGCGCUAUCGUUGAAAUUAUGAAAGACAGAGUUUUAUUUACUGGAUACAAAUCAUAUCCUACAACUCCGACUCGGAACAUCCCAACUGACUACUUAACCAAAUACAAAUCGACUUCACUAUCUACUGUCACGUUUUACAUCGAUAUUCCCGCUUCAUAUAUUUUGCAACCGCAAUUUAAGGAGUUAUCGGAAGCUUUAGUACCCAUGCAAGUCAAAUGGGAGACAAUAGCCAAUAUGCCGAUGGAUAUUCUCAAAUCCCAGCUACUUCCUGUUGUUGCAAAAUUAUUAUCGAUAAUUUCACCACAAACAAUCCAAUUUGUUGUCAAUUUAUUAACUAUGUUUGACAACGAUAAGGAGUGGAAUGUUCUUUUUCGCUCCUGGAUCUAUCAUUACUUUGAUCCAGGAAUGAUGAAACAUAAUUUCCUUUCAAGUUUUACAAACUCGCUGGAUCAGUUGUUACAAGAAGUAAUGAAAGGAGAUAUCAUAACGAUGAAGAAUAUUGUUAGAAAUAUCGAUAUAAUUUGCGUAAUUUUGAUGAUUUCUUAUUUACAGAAGACAGAAACAUGGGUUCCACAAAGUUUAAUAACAUUAUUAAACAGAUUCACAGAUUUUACAGUUUGGAUCAUUAAAAUUGGCCAAGAAAACGAAUUAGGUAAUUUUUGUGGAUUUCUUAGCCACAUGGUCCUUAUUUUCAGUUCAUUAAUUGAAUCUAAAUGCAUGUUAUCUGUAAUUAAUAAGUUCAUUUCUUCUCUCCUUCAAAGUUCCAACUUAGAAGUGAUUUAUGAGUAUCUUGAACAGUUCGCCAACUGGAAUGACUUCAUUUUAUUCCUCAGCCUAAAGAUUCCAAUACGUCCAAUAGGUAAAAAUUGGAUGAAUCCGUAUAAUCAGACGAUUUCCUUGCUAAUUACGUUGAUUGACAGGACAUUUACGUCAAAUAACACAGAUUUGAUCCAAUUAGGAGCAACAUUCAUUGCUAAUUUGACGAUUUCCCUUGAAAAUUUGGAUAUUAAAAACAGAUUUAGGGUUGGAUACGCGAUUUUCCCUAUUUUUGAUAUAAUAUCCAGACAUUACAUCUCAGAACUAGAUGAUGUAUCACGACAGACAUUGUUAACAAGCAUAACUUUCUUAAUCGGAUAUAUUCCAAGGCUCCAACUUCAUUCGUUUUUCAUUUCCAUUGAUAGACAGCACAGAAAACACUUUUUGAAGUUCCUCCAGUCAGUUGUCCAAACAAAUAACAACAUUCUUCGUCCAAUCAACAGCCCGGACAACGGAAUGUUCUCAGAUCUCACUAAAAGACUCUUAAUGUUCUUUGCUAUGAAUAUUGAUGAUUUCGGAGAUUGUCAAAAUGAAGCAAUUGACUUAAUUUCUUCGCUUUACCUCAGCGACUACCAAACACCGAGUAAUUACCCAAGAAUAUUCGUUGCUGUCGCACAGAUGAUGCUCAGAUAUCAAAAUAACAAACUGUUUCUCGAUACUUUGCUUCCAUUAUUAACAAAAAAGCAGCAUAUUGCAAGAUGCUUCAGUUGUUCACUUAUUUUGCUGUUCUACAAGACAGAUUUCCACACAAAUAACAAUUGUAUUGAGAGUAAUGCAAAGUUUAUCGAUUCUUUUGCCACAAUUUUGUUUAAUCUUCACGUAUCAAACAUACCGAUGUACAAAUUGAUGUGUGAUAGAGUAAUAGAGAAGAGUUCUCGCUUCAAUAACGAAAACUUCAGCAAGGAAAUUAAAAAUAAAUUUUCUGCUGCAAUUUCUUUGGCAGAUUUGAUCAUUUCACUCAGGAAUUCACCACAUGAUGUUGCAAAUAGAUGCGAAUUGAUCAUGAAGAUUGCAAAUCAGUAUCAAAACCAGCCAUCAAUGAAAAUUAAGUGGCUGAAAGAAAUUGUUGCGACGAAUCUCAAAAAUAAUAACUUUGCAGCAGCUUUUGUCGCACAACUGCAUAUCUGCGCUUUAGUUUCUACAGUAGUUCAGAAAUUACAAAAAAGUGACGAAAAAAUACCAAAAAGUGACACAAACUUUACAAAAAGUGACGAAAAAUUACCAACUUUACAUAACUUGAUAGUUUGUCAGCCAAUAACUAUGGAUUAUAUAUCAGGUGAUGAGUUUCCUGUAUAUGCGAGAGAUUUUGAGUUCAACGAAUCUGCUUUUUCAGAAACAAAACUUGAUUUCGACGAAUUAAGUGAAGAUUUCAAAUAUGUUUCAAGUUAUUUCGAUCUGGAGCUUCUCAAGCAAUCAUUGAAUGAAGCUAUAGAUAUAGGACUCCAGGCAAAGAUGUUUUACUCCCUGAGAUGUAUAAAAAGUUUACAAAUGAGAAUUUGUCUAUUUGAGAAGGAUUUCAAAAAAUUCAGUGAGAUCUCUCAAAAUUACGAUAUCAUUUAUAAGUCGCUUUCUAACUCAUGUUCUACAACAUACGACAUACAUCAGGUGUUUUUCGUUAACGGAGACAAGAUAUUCUGUGUUGAUAGCGAUCAAAGCACAAACGGAGUGAUUGUUAAUCAAUAUGAGUCAGAAAGUACAGAAACAGAAAGAUAUCAUUGCUGGAAUAUAUUCAGAACAACACCAAGCUACAAAAACCUUGAUUUCGUGACGAAUUUUGAAACAAAAGAAGUUUCAUUGACUCAAUACACAGUAAAAUACGCUCUACCACGAUAUGUUUCGUAUUCACCGAUUGCUUCAAUGAAAGAAGUGAAGAUUUCGCUAAAACAUCAUUGCGAUUUGGAAACAGAUAAAAUUUGUAGUUCAUUAACUCGAAUUUCGGAAUGUUUGGAACGAUGGUUCCCAACAAGAAACGUAUCAGAGUUAAUAGGAGACUACAAGCCAAAUCUCGAAAGAGACCUCAGAUGCGUAUCCUCAAUUCUCGAGGAAGUUCACGGAAAUUCAAAGUUGUCACUUUUUUCGAUUCUGAAAAUUUUACACGAAAAAGGAGGAAAUGAAGCCGCCAAGAACAUGGCAAUUAAGACAUUGAGAGAAGUACAAAGACUUGUUAAGGUUUACCACAGAGCAAUCGAGUUUCUUCAAAGCGAAGAGCAUUUUCUAACUUAUGCAAGAUUAUCUAAGUCAAGAGUUGCUUUCACAAACUUCUUUGGACUUCCUGAUAUUGAUACGAAAGGAUAUGAAGGAAGAAAAGAUAUGAUGCUUGAAAAAUGCGAUUUUGAAUAA